AUGGAGGGUUCAACGCUGACACAGAGGAGGGAUGAGUGUCAGUUGAAGGAAAGGGUGAUCCAGACAGACUACAUGAUGGAGCUGGGUGCCAGGUUGGCUCUGGUGUGGCAGAUCCAGAGGGAGCAGGAGAAGGAGAUGAAGAGGAUUUGGUUUGAGACAAGGAAAAUGCCAAGCCUGAUUGAGGAGAAUGUGAGAGAUGUGACCAACCGUCCACUCACUGAGUUCAUGGCUCCCUGUAUUGACUCCCUCCCACCGCUGGCUUUCACCAAUCGGAGGCCUAUACCAACCAUGUUGCAUCCCCCCUCUCUAUUGGCCAUACGCGCUCAGGAUGCACAGCGGUUCAUUGUAUUUUCAUACUUUGUCCCUGCUGAGUGCCCAGUUGCCGCAGAGGCCAUUGCAGAUGUAUGUACUGGUAAAAGAGAGGACUUAUCGACAGAUACACAUCUUUCUUCAAUGCUGCAUCGAUACCUGCCACACUUCUUUAACGAUGACUCCAUUCCACCACAGCAGACAGUAGAGGGAACCACUGAGGUCUCAGUUGCUCCAGUGGCAAAAUCUAAUAUCAAGGAAGAGGACAGAUUCUAUCCUUUCUCCCUUCCACCACUGGCUCAGCGGUUCAUUGGCAAUUCAUUCAAUGUCCCGGAAACCUCCCAGCCUGCUGUUUCAGCCACAGAGUGCCGAGUUGCCAAAGAGGCCACUGCAGGCACAGCCACUGUCAAGACAGAGAACCGAUGGGCAGAUAGAAGUCUUCCUUCAGUGCUGCCUCCAUGCCUGCCAUCAGUCUUUGACGAUAACUUCAUGCCUCCAGAGCAGACAGUAGAGGAUGCCUAUGAGGUCUCAGGUGCUACAGAGAACACUUCAGGCACAGCUACUGUUGAUGGAGUGGACAGAUCAGCAGCUAAAUGCCCUGUCCCAAUGCUGCCUCCAAGUCUGCCACCUGUCUUUCACAUUGACUACAAGCUGCCAGGGUCGGCAGUAGAGGGAACCAACAAGUGUCCAGUUGCCAGUGAAACAGCCAAUGAUGUGUCCACUCACCUCAAAGAGGACAUGGCAGCUGAUCAAAGCCCUCCUGACCCUGCAGCACUGCCUCCAAGCUUGCCAUGUAUCCGAGAGUCUGACCACAAACUGACCACAAAGGAGCAAAAAGAGGACGCCACCGAGUCCUCCCUUGCCACAGAGAUCGAUGUAGACACAUCCAUUGUCCAGGGAGAGGACCUGUUGGGUGAUAAAAGCCCUGCUCCAAGGCUGCCUCCAAGCUUGUCACACAUUUUGGACAAUGACCAUAAGCAGCCAGAGGAGACAAUAGAGGGCGCCACUGAGUGCUCAGUUUCCACAGAAGCAUCAGUUGUUAAUAGAGAGGAUCCAUCGGCAGCUACACGUCUUCCCUCAGUGCUGCCUUCAAGUCUGCCACUUGUCUUUGACAAUGACUACAAACUGCCAGAGGAGGCAGUAGAGGACACGUGUCCAGUUGCCAGUGAAGCAGCCGCUUCCGUGUCUACUGUCCUCCAAGAGGAGGUUUCGGCUGAUAUAAGUCCUCCUGCACCCGCAGUACUGCCUCUAAGGCUGUCCUGCACCCACAGCACUGACCACAAACAGCUAUGGGAGACAGUUGAGGACAACACAGAGUGGUCAGUCGACACAGAGGCAACUGACGUCAUUUACACUUGGAAUGAAAAAAGUCCUUCAGUUCUGCCAUGCCUCCACCACAACAACGACCACCAACUGCCAGAGGAGACAGUUGAGGACAACACAGAGUGGUCAGUCGACACAGAGGCAACUGACGUCAUUUACACUUGGAAUGAAAAAAGUCCUUCAGUUCUGCCAUGCCUCCACCACAACAACGACCACCAACUGCCAGAGGAGACAGUUGAGGACAACACAGAGUGCUCAGUUGACACAGAGGCAAGUGCAGUUGCAUCCACUGUCAAGAGAGAGGAACUGACAGGUGAUAAAAGCCCUGUCCUAGCACUUCCUCCAAGCCUGGCAUGCAUCCAUGACAAGGACCACAAGGAGGCAGAGCAGAAAGUGAAGGGCACUAGUGAAGAGGUGGAUCUCUGCCCUCACGCUCACCAGCUGGUCCCAGAUGUUACCUUAACUCUGGCAACCCACAAUGAUGAACCCAGGACCUGGACCCUGGAAGAGGCAAAGGAUUAUUGGACAGAUAUUGAACUUGAGAGUGAAGAGAGGAGCGUCAAGGAGGAGGUGAGACCGAGGGAGGGAUGGAAGCGUGGGGCGGACUGUGCCCAUUCCAAGAGCUCCAAUGGAAUGUUUUCAUCAGAGAGAGCAGAGACCAUCCUGGGAAGAGUGGGCUUUCUGGUCAGGAACCACAUGCAGAAAAUCCCAUUUUUGAAGAAUACGAAACUGAAUAAGAAGUUGAAAGAUGAUGAGAAAGAGAGAAAGGGGAUGAAAAACAAGGAGAAGGAGAAAAUAAAGAGGGAGGAGAAAGAGAUGAAUGAGAGAGAGAAAGAGCAGGAGAAAGUCAUGAAGGCUGAGGAAAAGAGGGAGAAGUUAGAACAGAAAAAGAGAGAGAAGGAAAGAAAAGAGGAGGAAAGGGCAGAGAAAAAGAGGUUAGAGGGGCUGAUGAAGAUACAUAAUGACAUGAUGAAAGACAGGAUUAAGAAAGAGAAGAAGUGUUCUGAGGAGCUGAAAAAGAGAGAGAAAGCUCAAGCUGAGUUCCUGGAGAUGGAGAGAAAGAUUCAAGAAAAGGAGGAGAAGAAGAGAGAAAAGAUGAGGAAAGAGGAGAGGAAGAGACUGGAGAAGAAGAAAAAGAGCCAGCUGGAGGUGGAACUGAGAGGGUGAUAGAAGAGCAGGGAAAGGAUGAAAGCUUGAAGAUGGAUGAGCAUACUGGGUAAUAGAGAGAGAGAGCAGGGAGGGAUACUGUAUUUUUGCAUGCAAUGA